AACUACAGAAUAAAUAAGAUCUUAUCUUUUCCUUGCUUUAACGACCAAAUAUUUGUCUCUUCCAACGUAUAUGAUAAGAAUUAAUCUUAAAACUAAAAUUUGCUUUUAAAUUUCUAAAAUGUUGUCAACUCUUGUCAAAGAACACCAAAUUAAACAAGCUGAAAGAAAAGAAAUUCAGGAAAUUAAGCGAAAAGAAGCAGUAAAUGCAGCCAAAGAUCUAACAAAUGCUUUAGUUGAACAUCUAAAUGUUGGUGUCGCCCAAGCAUAUUUAAAUCAAAAAAAGUUGGAUGCGGAAGCUAAACAGUUACAUCAAAGUGCCAUUUUAUUUUCAAAACAGACUUCCCAAUGGCUAACAUUAAUUGACAGUUUUAAUAGUGCUCUUAAAGAAUUAGGAGAUGUUGAAAAUUGGACAAGAACUAUAGAAAAUGAUAUGCACAAUAUAACUACUACUUUGGAAUAUGCUUACAAAGUGACUCAAAAAAAUCGAAAAGAACAUUGAUGAAAUUUAUCCAACUUAUAAAAAGUACAUUAAGUUAAUUUAUUUAGUUAAACUUUUAAUUCUCAGAAUGUUAAGGACUCUACUUUUAUGAAAAAAAUGUUGUUUAUAUUUAGCAUUAUUAUUAAAAUAAAAAUAUUUUUUCUAUCAUUAAA